AUGAGGAAUUGUGAUGAAUCAGAUAUCAUUUGUAAAGAUAAUUCAGAAAAAAGAUACGAAGAAGAAUCAAGAAGAAGAGUUGAUGAUAAAUCAGCUGUUAUUAAUUUACAAGUUGACUAUCUUAAAGAAAUGAUUGAAUCUAUUAAACGAGAAAAGAUACGAGAAUUGCAUCUAAAUGAACUGUUACUAAAUGAAAAGGAAGAUAUUAUUAAUACGAGUGUCAAAUCAGGUUAUAAAAGAACUUCUAAAUAUAAUAUGGCUGGUCCGUCAAAUACCAAAGGUUCUAAUUAUGAUGUGACUGGUCUAUCCAACAUUAAAAAGGGUUUCAGCUGUAAUGAUAAUCUAUCAAAUAAAUAUUCACAUUGA